AUGCUAUCGAUUUUUCUACAACUGUUUUGUUGUGCUCAUCAAGAGGCUAGUACUAGUACUGGAGAGUCAGAGAAUAUUUUUAUACAGUUGUGUUCAUUUGUAGAAACUCAGUUAGAACAUAAGGAAUAUUUUCGACUUAAAAAACUUUCGAGAAAUUUGUAUGUAUGUGUAGAAAUUCGUGAUAAAUUUAUAAUGUGCUAUCAUCCGGAUGUUGAAUCACGGGAAAUUGGAGGGAAAGUACAGAUUUUAAAAAUUGUUUACACUGAGGAUAUAUUAACAACCGAAAUUGGAACUUCUAUUCAUGGUUUUUUAAAGUCUUUUGAUGUUGAUAGUGUUUUUAUUUAUACUACAAAAGAUAACCAAAAUCACCUACGCAAAGAAGAUGUGCAGAAAAAAAUAAUAUUUGCAUUAGAAGAGUUGUCAAGUGGGGAAUCAAAACCAAAAUACUAUUUUAAAGGAUAUGUGUUUGAUGGGAUAAGCUUAGUAGCUAGGACUAGGAAUAAAAAUGAUGAAUGGGAUGGACAAUUAAUGGAUCUUCAUUUUGGAGGUAAUUUGGACAUAAGAUUUGAUGGAGUUAUUGCGUCUUUUAAAUUUGUAUUUGAUAUAGAUUUAAAUUACUUUGACUUUAAGACGUUGCUUAAAAAAUAUUUAAAACGUGAAUUUAAUGACAAAAAUGCGAUGUUAUAUAAAUUUUUAACUAAUUUUAAUUUCGUUAAUUUAUUUUAUAUUAAAAACUUAGUUGAUGUGAUAGUGUCAGGAAAAAAAACUUUGGCACUUUUCCAGGAAAAGUCACCUGAAGAGAGGGAAGAGGCCAAAAAAAGGACAGAAUUAAGCGAGGGUCUUCAUGAUGGAUAUUUAUCAAUUGGUCAUAUUGAAAUCUACAAAUGUCUAGAAUGGAUCGAAAGGGUUUCUAUUCCUGAACAAGGUCAAGAUGGCAACUUUAGAGAAUUAAUCGAAAAAUCGGAGGAAGUCGAAGGUAAAGAGUUAAAUGCGAUUUUGCUUUUUAUGUUUUCAAUAUCGAGGCAUAAAAUAUUUAAGCUUUUACUAGCACACGUUUUAUGUAAUAAAGAUUUUUCUAGGAGAUCUUUCAUUGUCGAAAUUUUGUUCCAGUUAGAUGUUAUUGAUAAUGAAAUACGAGGUGAACUACUUGGAGAUUUUAACAUAUUUUUAAUAUAUUGGGAGAAAAAGAUUGAAUACAAGUUUUCUUUAGCACCUUUAUAUAGAUUAGAUAGCAGGCUUUCAUUUCAUAAUACGUUGAUAAGAUAUUUACAUAUAGCUUUGUUUGAAGGAAUGGAUAAUUUGUUAGAAAAAAACUUUGAAGACGUAAGAGAUUGUGAAGAAAUAAAAGAAUCCUUGAGUACAUUUUUCUCGGAUUACGAAAAUCUUUUGCAAGAACUUUUUAGAGAUUUAAGAAAAAAACCAUGGAAGCUUAAAGUGGAUGGAGAUGCGACAACAAAAUUACGAAAAAUUUCUUAUACGUUAUAUGAUGUUAUUAAUAAAAUAUUUAGCAGCAGUUACUGGUCUAGUUUUACGUAUAAAGCUUGCGAGGAAUUAGUUGAUCAAUGUAGAAAGGUAAUGAAUUAUGACUUGCACCCAAAUGGAAAAGGGCUUACUGAGGAAGAAGAGAAAAGUGUUAAAGUUUUACUCGAGAAAUUAUCCGAUGUUGCAUUCCGUUCUUGA